AUGGAUCUGUGCUGCGUGCAUGCGGUAGGCGCUGAUUUUCUUCUGAGAAGCUCAUUUUCGGAGAAACCCAAUUGCUGGGGCUUGAAGGCUCAUUCAAUGGCUGUGGAAGUUAGGGUUUCGUGGGGGGAAUCUUUUCCCGGCCAUUGUAGGUACCGAUCGGCCUUGAUUAAGGCCAUGGCGAAGAAGAAUCCGGGGGAUUCCAGCAAUUAUGAUUCAAAUUCCUCUUCUAGCUCAGGGAACAAUGAUAAUUUGAAAAGUGGAGGAGAUGGCCUGAAAGGAAACAACAACAACAACAACAAGAAGAAAUCAGGUGAUAACGGCUCCAACAAGUCCCAACAUAAACCCUUGGAUUGGAGAGAGUUUAGAGCAUCUCUCUACAUUCAGGAGCAGGCUGAAAAUGCAGAUAACGCUCGACAUCAAGAGAGAAGAACCACCCCAGCCCAGCCGAAACCUCUCCCCCACAAGUGGGCCCACCCCAUCUCUGCCCCCGAGAUCGGCUGCCUCCUCGUGGCCUCCGAGAAGCUCGACGGGUUCAAAACCUUCGAGCGGACGGUGAUCCUCCUCCUUCGAUUGGGUACCAAAAACCCCCAAGAAGGGCCCCACGGGAUCAUCAUCAACCGGCCCCUGAACAAGAAGAUGAAGCACAUGAACCCCACCAACAUCGAGCUCGGGACAACCUUUGCUGACUGCUCUCUCCACUUCGGUGGGCCCGUCGAUGCCAGCAUGUACCUUCUGAAGGCCGAUGAGAAUAUCGAGCCCCACGGGAUUGAGGAAGUCAUUUCCGGGCUGUACUUUGGGUCAAGAAACAGUCUGGACAAGGCCGCGGCCCUGGUCAAAAAGGGCUCCAUUUCGCCACGGGACUUGAGAUUCUUUAUAGGGUACGCGGGCUGGCAGAUGGACCAGCUCAUAGAGGAAAUCGAGUCCGACUAUUGGUAUUUAGCCGCUUGCAGCACGGAUUUGAUAUUGCAGAGCUCUUCUUCGUCUGAUGAUUUGUGGGGGGAGGUUUUGCGUCUGAUGGGGGGCCGUUAUUCUGAACUGAGCCGGAAGCCGAAGAAGGAUAUGUAG